UUUACCGUGGUCGCUUAUUUCCUUCUUUGUGCAGAUACUUCAGCGUAUACUCUCAAAAAAUAUCAAAGUUUUACACAACAAUGAAGAAUUUAACAGAAAAAAACAUCGAUAAUGAGCAGCCUCAAACAGUGGAAGGUCAUUUAGAUGCAAUUAUGAUUGACGAAUCUUUCAUUGACUCUAAUUACAAAAAAGUAACCGUAGAUGACUUGCCUGAUUGGUAUGACGAAGAACUAUUUAAAAGGGGUCAGUUAUAUUAUAACCGGAAUGUACUGAGCAUUCAUAUAGCUUAUUUAAUAGGUCUGAUAGCAGUGUUUUUAAUACCGACAAUAGCAAAGAUUCUGACAUUUACAAAGCAAACUUCAACUCCAUGUUUAGCUUACAAGAGAUACCUACAGACUAUGAUACAUGUAAUUAAACUUCAUGAACACGAUAUAAAAAAUUCACAUUCGAAAUUCUAUAAAUCUUUAAACACUAUACGUUGGAAACAUUCGACCUCCAGUAAACGUUCUCAAGAAAACAAGCACAACGGUAUUUUGCAAAAAGAUAUGGUCCUAACGCAAUUUGCCUUUGUGGGGUAUGUGCUAUUAAAAUCUGAGAAGCUGGGUUUUACUAAUGAAACUGCAGAUAGGCAAGCAUUCAACCACUUUUGGCGUGUUGUUGGUCACUUGUUAGGUAUUCCAGAUAGACUCAACAUAUGUCGAAAAAAUGAGUUUGAAACAACACUACUGUGCCAAAAAAUCAUAACCGAAAUUUCAAAUAUAUUGAAAGAUCCAGCGGUGGAAUUCCAUGCUUUAACCAAGACAGCACUUCAAGGAUUACGUGCCAUUGAUCCAACCUUCGAUACAGAUGUAUUUUAUAAAAUUUUUUAUGAAAUUCAUAAAAGUGAAUAUAAGAAAGAAUUUAAUCUGUACAGUAAUAUAAUUUACGUCUACAGGAAGUCAGUCAUAGCUUCUUUUCGUAUACCUAUUGUAGGUCCGUUUUCUCGAAUUUUUUGGAAUAAAUAUGUCAAAAUUGUGAACUGGAUAGCCGAAAACUUGCCUCUUAUUGCAUGGAUAAAAUUUGGCAAAACUCAAUCAAAAAUUUAUUUAUAUCCUCAUUCUACAAUAUAGAUAAAAUAUAAUAAAUUAUAGUAGUUUCUUAAAAUUUCUCGUAAAAAGCAAAAAAUCCAAUGAUAUUUUCUGUGGAAUAAUUUGUCAAAUAUAAAUAAGGCAACUAUAAAUAAAAACCAAAUUGAAUUCCUAGAUCAAAUACUGCAGAAAAGAGACAUUAAUAUUAAUAAGCUUAUUUAAUAAUACAGAAACGUUCGCACACUAUUAAUCUUUUUUUAGCUAUCUAAUAAUUUCAUUUUAAUGUGGAGAAGCGCGAAUAUGAAAUUUAAUGUUAUAUAUGCGAAUGCGAUAGAUGAGAUUCAUCGAUUGCUUAUUAUGUUUGUUGUGAUCAAUCAUAAUUGGAUCCAAGCGAAUAAAAAAGGGAUUAUGUCCUAAUAUGAAUGAAUUCGAAUAAAUAUUGAACAAUAAUUGCGUUAAAUGACA